AUGCAUGUUGGUGAUGCAAUGAAAGUGGAAAAGAAAAGCCAAAUUCAUAUUCAAAAAAAUCACAACCACAUCUUUAACGGUGAAGAAAUGAUAGCUAGAAACAUAGAAGUUCUUCCGCAAAAGGCUUUUAGGAAGGUUUCUUGGAAAAGAUCGAAACAAAAGGAGCGAAUUCCACUAACAAACGCUACACAAAUUGGCGUUACUGAGUUAAAGCUUUUAGACAUUGGCAAAGUUGAGCAUCAACAUCAACAACCCUUAGUUCUUACCACAGAAAAUUAUCUAAUUGCAAUAUAG